AUGCAAGACGACAGGCGACCUGGACCCCCUCCGGCUGGUCACCCCUCGGCCGGUCCCUACGGGUCGCAGUUCAAGGUCGCCAUUCCACGCUUACCACCCCGACGCGCCCCGCCACCCACCACGCCCAAGUCGCGCCAGAGGGACAGAGUCCAGCGGGCAUGUCGUAACUGCCAUAAGAGGAAGAUCAAGUGUAGCGGCGGCCUCCCCCGCUGCAACUACUGCGACAAGACCGACAAGACAUGUGUAUACGAGCGCCCCAGGAAAGACCGUCUGGCGACUGCCAAAGACCGCAACCAUGCCCUCGUCUCCGUCCUCAGAGACCUCAGCUUGCGCGUCAGCGACGAUGACCGACGUCGAAUUGAAGAUGCCCUCCAGGAUUCAGAUGACGAGGUCGGGUCGCCCGUCUCCAUAUCCUCUUCUUCGCGAGCAUCCGCCCCUCAGCCAUUCUCUCAGCACUCGCGCAUGCACCCCUUUGCCCCGUCCUCUAGCUAUGUGCCGCUCGGAGCAGAGACCUCGCCUACCUCGGAUCAGUCACCCCUUCCUCGCCUGGACGGUACUGUCCCGGAAGACUCUGGCGACGAAGACGGUGGCGAAGUGCCCAAUGUAGUCGAAGCAGGCUUCUUGGGCCAGAUCUCCGAAGUACAGUGGCUACAGACGCUCAGGAGCAGAGUACAAGCGCUCGAUACCGUUCUGCUUGGCCCACCUGACACCACUGCGCCACUCUCUCAGCCACCCUCGCCUACUUUCACUGCCUCACCCACCUCCCUUGCCGCAACCCCGCUCGAACAGAUCGCGCUCACCAACUACUAUCUCGACGAAGAAGGUAUAAAACUCACAGACUGUGGGAAUCCCUUUGAGCUGCCACCCGAGCAUACUGCAGCACUGCUAUUCCAGUGCUUCACCCAGACCAUCCAAAGCUCCUUUCCCAUCCUCCCCCCAACUAUUGAGCACCAGCUGCUCCAAUACUAUACCUUGGUUCGGAACGGGCAGGCUAUACAUUGCCCGGAGAAAUGGUUUGCGCUAGUCAACCUCGUCUUUGCCAUAGGCGCCAAGUUUUCACAUCUCGUCCAGGCCGACUGGAGAGCUGAUGAACUGGAUCACAUCGUCUACUUGUCGCGUGCCUUUCAAUUGCUUAGCAUGGCGAUGCGAUCGGCUUUCUCGCUCGGCCUUCACGUGCAACAAGAUGAUCAAUCUGUCUCUGCCGCCCGAAGGCAGAGUAUGGUUUGCACCUGGUGGAGUUUACAUGCCCUGGAGAGCAUGCUCAGUUCGAUUACCGGUCGACCGAGCAUUAUACCCAACGAAGACAUCACAACUCCACUGCCCAGUGCCGUGAAUAGCGAUCAGACCCAAAGCGUACCUGUGCCCAGUCUCGACUUUCUCGAUGCCGAUAUCCACCUGAAUCUCCUGACCCAGCAAAUCAUCUCCAACCUCUACACACAGCGUAGAUCUGCGCCAUCAUGGGACUACCUCCAACAAAUGACUAUAUCUCUAUGCGAACACCUUGACAAGUGGGCAUUUGAAUACAUUCCCCAAGUUCAGUCAGAAGAACGGAACUCAGCUCGCAUGCAACAACGCGACGUCUUCUUGCUCAAACUUCAGUACUACCGACUGAAGGUUCUGACGACUCGUCCCUCACUGCGCCGUAUUGAACGCUGUUUCCAAGCCGGAACCGAUGACUUCAAUUCGCUCGAUCAGUCUGUGGCAGAGUCGUGCGUACAAGCGGCACGAGAUGUGGCAUCGCUGUUGGCAAACGAGCCUAAUGUCAGGAGUCUAUAUGAAAAAGGGCCCUGGUGGACAAUUGUCCACAACAUCAUGCAAGCUCUCGCCGUCCUCAUGAUAGCCAUAUCCUGUCCCGAUCACUUCCGCGACACACACCAAGCGUCUGUGCACAGCACACGGCAACUCGUCACCUCACUCCGCAGCAUGUGCGACACAAACAUGCUGGCUUCCCGCGCCUACCAGGUCGUAUAUUCGAUAGUCAAGACGUCAAAACCGUACGUCUGGGCCGACAUAGCAGAUGCCUUCCCGGAUGAGGUCAUCAUGGUGCUGCAACAGCCAGCACCAGCAAAGGUGGAUCCACAGUAUCUGCCAUGGCCGGACAACGACCAACCAUCCGAAGCUCUUUUCCGCUACGAGAUGGAUAAUUUCGGCAACUACCAUUUCCACAUGUUAUGA